AUGAAAAAAGGACCAGAAAGCAGAGCUUGUCCCCGUGUAGCUCCAGACAAUUUAGUGGAGUCAAAUCCAGACAAUAACAGCAGCAACGGAGCCUCAGUGAAAGAGACAGACAUGCUUUCCUCUUCUGGAGAACUGGAAAACAUACAGCUGAAACCCGUCAAAGAAACAUCCAGAAAAAGACUCUGUGGCUAUUUAAAUAAGCUGGGCAUCAAGGGGCCAAUCAAGACCUGGAAGUCUCGCUGGUUCUUUUACGAUGAAAACAAAUGUCAUUUACUAUACUACAGAACUGCACAGGACAUCAACCCUUUGGGGUCUAUUGAUAUUGCCAGCGCCAGCUUUGACUGCAAGGUGGAAAAUGGAGAAGGGGUUUUUGAGAUCAGAACACCAAGCAGAGCUUUUACUUUGAAGGCAAUCAGCAAACAGGCAAUGAUGUACUGGCUGCAGCAGCUACAAAUGAGACGUUGGGAAUUUUGCAACGGUCAGAGCAGAUUUCCUGUGGGCAGCUCCCAGCUUGUGAAUGAACCUCUGCCUGGCAGAACAAAUGUUGACAAUGAAGACUUUCUGCCUCCGGUGAAAACACCAACAGAAGCAGUGGGUUUAAAAGCAGCAUCUUUGCCCGCACCCCAGACAUUGACCGCUCUGCAGAACAUCUCCCUUAAGCACCCUUGGACAGAGAUACAAAACACUGUCUUCAAUAUCUGUGGCUCCAAGCAGCUCUCGGGGAACAGUGGGAACGUCUUUAGCUUCAGUGAGUUCCAGGAGCAUCCUGAGAACCCAGAUGAGGAGCAAGAGGCAGAAGUGGAGGCAGGGUGUGCAGCUAAGGAGGGUAUCGUGGAGGAUGGAAGGAUGGAGCCCAGGCUGAACUGGGUUAGGAAAGCCAGGUGGAUGAACAGUGGCUUCCCAGGCUUGCCUGAAGAACUGUCCAGGGAGAGGAACCCAAUGGAUAAAGUCAGUGUCCUACAGCAACAGAUCCUGACACUCACAGAGGAAGUCAAGUCACAGAAGGAGCUGGUUAAACUUCUCCACAAAGCUCUGGAGGCAGCCCAGCAGGAGAAGCGAGUAUCUAGCAUGUAUAUCACUGCAGCAGAAGAUAAGGACAGGCUGGAGCUGGUGCGCCACAAAGUGAGACAAAUCGCAGAUCUCACCAGUCGACUAGAAGCUCUUGAGCAAGAAAAGAAGGAACUGGAGCAGAUGCUGACUCUGAGAGACAGCCACAUCCAGGAACUCAAGGAGCAUGUGCAGCUUCUGAUGGAGAAGAACCACGACAAACAGAAAGUCAUCAUGACCUUGACAGAGCAGAUGGCCCGAGAGCUCUCUGACCGCCUGCAAGAAGCCAACACUAUCACUGCAGAGACGUUGUAUAAGCAGCAGGAGGAGAUUCAGCACCUGAAGGAUGAUAUUGAUGCAUACAAAACCCAGAACCAAUUUCUCAACUCGGAGAUCCACCAGGUAACUCGACUCUGGACAAGCGUUGCUGAGAAUGAAAAAGCCCUUCUGAUGAAGUGUGCCUGCCUGCAAGCCCGAAACUGCCAAAUGGAGAGCAAAUACCUGAUGGUCUUGCGGAAGCUGCAGGAGGCUCUGCCUGGUCUGCCCAGCUCCCAUGCUGAGUUGGUGAGGAACCUCAUCCAAGAAGCGCUCCAGUGGGAUGUGAAGGAAGGAGCAGAAGAAGGUUUUAACCUGAACCCUGUAAGUGAGUAUGAUGAGUAUGGGUUUAUGACUGUACCUGACUAUGAAGUUGAGGACUGGAAACUUCUGGCCAAAAUCCAGGCCCUGGAGAUAAAGUCCAACAACCUGCGGAGCCAGGAAGUAGUGGAGAAGCCCCUCCGUGACAGGUGGAACAGUGUUGGAGAGCUGACCCCCUCUGCAGAGCUGAAGAGUCUGAUCCGAAGUGGCAUUCCAGUGGACCAUCGGCAACGGGUCUGGAGGUGGAUUGUCAGCCGGCACUGCAGCCAUCUGCCAGGCCACUACCAGCAGCUGUUACGGCAGAGCAAGAGCACCGAGCCCCCUGCCUGCCGGCAGAUUGAGCUUGACCUGCCCCGUACACUGACCAACAACAAACAUUUUUCCUCUCCUACCUCCCAGCUCAUCCCCAAGCUCCGUAGGGUGUUGCUGGCAUUCUCCUGGCACAAUCCUGCCAUUGGAUACUGCCAGGGACUGAACAGAUUGGCAGCUGUUGCCCUCCUGGUCCUAGAAGAUGAGGAAAGUGCUUUCUGGUGCCUUGUCCAUAUUGUGGAGAACCUAAUGCCAGCAGACUACUACAGUGACACGCUGAUAACAUCACAGGUGGAUCAGAGAGUCUUCAAAGACUUCCUGUCAGAGAAGCUGCCUCGCCUCAUGGCUCAUUUUGAGCAGUAUCGGAUUGAUGUCUCACUCAUCACCUUCAAUUGGUUUCUUGUGGUUUUUGUGGACAGCCUGGUCAGUGACAUCCUCCUGCGAGUGUGGGAUGCCUUCUUGUACGAGGGAACUAAGGUGAUUUUCCGCUAUGCUCUUGCGAUUUUUAAAUACAACGAGGAGGAAAUCCUAAGAAUUCAUGACAGUGUGGAGAUCUACCAGUACCUACGCUUUUUCACGAGAAUGAUCAUGGAUGGCAGGAAGCUGAUGAACAUUGCAUUCAAUGACUUAAACCCCUUCCCCAUGAAACUGCUGAGGAACCGGCGGUCAAUGCACAGAGAAGAGCUGGAGGCAGAGCUGUGUGAGCUGGAACAGAUCAAGGCAGCCUAUGUAAAAGAGAGAGCAGAACAGGGGCCUCAGGACCUGAAGGAGGUUGUUAGUGAAGAGGAAGAAGAGAUUUAAUAAAAACCGAGUUCCUCGUCGCUUCCCUCCCACCUUGCAGAAGGUCUUCGGUAGCAACUGUCUGUAAGAGGUGGAGCAGGGGGGAACGGUGGUCACAGCAAGAGUUCAUCUGCCCCAGGAAGCAAGGCUAUAGGCAUAGGACUAUUUGGGGACCAAGCCAGACUUUGUAAUGUGUUG